AACGUGUUAAACGGCAUGAUGGGAUGUUACACACUCUUGUACAGUAGGUGGCGGUAUGCACCUGAAGUUGUUUGCAAUCCGCCAGUAAAGCGAGAGAGGAGGAAGAAGAAGACGGUGUCAACAGAGCUCAGUCAGAGGACGGACCCCAUCACAACCACUAUCACCACUAUCACCACCAGCGCCAGCAGCAGCAGCAGCAGCGACUCUCACCUCCAACCAGCCUCCUGCCAACAUGAACCCCGAUCCCGUGGUCAUCGUCUCCGCCGCCCGGACACCCAUCGGGUCUUUGAGCGGCUCCCUGUCCUCGGUGCCUGUGCAUGACCUGUGUUCAGUGGUGAUCAAAGACGUUCUGACGCGGGCCGGUGUGAAGCCGGAGGAGGUCUCUGAAGUUAUCAUGGGACACGUCCUAACUGCAGGUCAAGGGCAGAAUCCGGCGCGUCAGGCCAGCGUUGGGGCCGGUAUCCCGUACCCUGUCCCGGCAUGGAGCUGUCAGAUGGUGUGUGGCUCUGGGCUGAAGUCUGUGUGUCUGGGAGCUCAGUCCAUCCAGGCUGGAGACUCCACUGUGGUGGUGGCAGGAGGCAUGGAGAGCAUGAGCAGGGCUCCUCACACACUGCACAUGCGAGCAGGAUUGAGGAUGGGUGAUGCUUCCCUGCAGGACUCGAUAGUGGCCGACGGGCUGACGGACGCCUUUCACAGCUACCACAUGGGCAUCACAGCGGAGAACGUGGCAAAGCAGUGGGCCGUCAGUCGAGAGGAGCAGGACCAGUUUGCUGUCCAGUCCCAGAACAAAGCAGAGGCUGCACAGAAAGCGGGACAUUUUGAUCAGGAGAUUGUCCCCGUCAUGGUGCCGUCCAGAAAAGGUCCAGUGAAGGUGAAGGUGGACGAGUUUCCUCGCCACGGCAGCAACAUGGACGGCAUGUCCAAGCUCAGACCCUGUUUCAUCAAGGACAGCAGUGGCACUGUCACCGCUGGAAACGCCUCAGGUAUAAAUGACGGAGCAGCAGCGACCGUCCUAAUGCGCCAAUCAGAGGCUGAGAGGCGUGGCAUCAAACCAAUGGCCAGAAUUGUAUCGUGGGCUCAAGCUGGUCUCGACCCAUCCAUCAUGGGAACUGGGCCGAUACCAGCCAUCAGGAAAGCGGUUGAGAAAGCAGGCUGGCAGCUGGACCAGGUCGACUUAUACGAGAUCAACGAGGCGUUCGCUGCUCAGUCCAUCGCUGUGGUCAAAGAGCUCGGCCUGAAUGUUGACAAGGUGAAUGUGAACGGCGGCGCCAUUUCUCUGGGCCACCCCAUCGGCAUGUCUGGCUGCAGAGUGCUGGUGACGCUGCUGCACGCGCUGCAGAGGACCGGAGGACAUAAGGGAGUGGCGUCCCUCUGCAUCGGAGGGGGGAUGGGCAUCGCCAUGUGUGUGGAGAGGGUCUGAGGGGAGUAUUUAACGCUGCUAUAUAGAUCGCACUUUUCUCUCAUCUUAUUUUAAAAAAGGACAAAGGGAACAUUCAUUGUUUACACUACAGGACAAAGGGUUGUGGUUUACCUGGGUACUUCCAUUCACUGUACUAGAGGCAGAUGUGAUGAAUAUGUGUUGCAAUGAUAGAUGUUCAAUAACAGAUCAUCAAGCUCACCGUGAAUUUUUAUUCUCAGGUUUCAGCUGUGAAACUAACUAAGCCGUUUUCAGUUAUUAACUGUACAACUAAAACUGUAAAGGCAAAGAUUUAGAUCCUUAUGUUUAGCAAACAUAGUAUUUUCUCUGUAAAGCCUAAUUUAAUUUUUAACCUGUAAUUUAUUGAUCAUCUUGACAAGUUUUUAAUAGAUCUUGCUUGCUCUGAAAAACCUAAUCAACAUUCCAGUAUCUUCAACCCUCUUCCUCUGAUCAAUUGUGCAGCAGCCUUAAGUCAGUCAAGUGCCAUAAGGAUAAGUACACCAGCCUUUCUUUAACCUAGUGCUUCCUGUACAUAACCAGAUGUUUGUGAAAAUGUCUCCUGUCAUCCAGCUGUUAAACAUAUGAAUAAAAAAAAUGAAAAGCCA